AUUUACAAUGCAUUAAUCCAGGCUGUUUUCUACUACUCAAUCAUUCACAAUGCUUGUAUUGUAUCUCUAUAUAAAGGCAUUUCAUUGCAACUAAGCUUUUCAAGUAACUCAACCAAACAUCACAAAGCAAAUAAUGAUGGGGAGCCCAAGAGUAAGGCUAAGGCAUUGGCCUUGGCUUGGAUACACCUUUACAUUAUGCUUAGUAUUCACUAGUGUUGUAGCCAUGGAACCAUACACGUAUAUAUCCCCGCCACCACCACACCACGGCCACCAAGGCCAGCUCUACAAACAUCAUGGUCACCAAGGUCAUAGCAAGUCUCCACCGCCAUCUUCAUACUUUUAUAAAUCUCCUCCUCCACCUCCGUCCUAUUACUAUGAAUCACCACCUCCUCCAAAGAAAUCGCCACCUCCAUAUGUCUAUGAUUCCCCGCCUCCUCCAUAUCAUUACACAUCACCACCCCCACCUCCAUAUGUCUACGUGUCUCCACCUCCGCCACUAUAUCACUAUACAUUACCACCUCCACCAUCUCCAACUUAUGUUUAUAAAUCUCCACCGCCACCUGACUAUUACUACAAGUCAACUCCUCCACCUCAUAUGCCUCCUUAUAAGUAUUCUUCUCCUCCACCUCCACCUUAUCACUAUACAUCCCCGCCUCCUCCUAAGUCACAUCCUCCUCCUUAUAUCUACAAGUCUCCACCCCCACCAUCACCAUAUUAUGUAUACAAUUCUCCACCACCACCACCUAAAUAUUAUUAUAAGUCUCCUCCCCCACCAUCUCCUCCCCAUUCGCCCCCCUAUGUAUACUCAUCUCCACCUCCACCACCUUAUUACUAUGUCUCCCUGCCUCCUCCUAAGUCUCAUUCUCCUCCUUACACUUAUACGUCUCCACCUCCACCAUCACCUAUUUAUGAAUAUAAAUCUCCACCACCACCUAAAUAUUACUAUAAGUCACCUCCUCCACCCCAUUCGCCUCACUAUGUAUAUUCAUCUCCACCUCCUCCACCUUAUCACUAUUCGUCUCCACCUCCUCCUAAAUAUCAUUCUCCUCCCUACAUCUACAAGUCUCCACCUCCCACAGUUUAUCUCUAUAAAUCUCCACCACCGCCUACCUAUUAUUACAAGUCACCACCUCCGCCAACCCUAUAUCAUUCUCCUCCCUAUGUCUAUUCAUCUCCUCCCCCACCACCUUAUCAUUAUAUGUCCCCACCACCUCCUCCCAAGUCUUAUUCUCCUCCAUAUUACUAUAAAUCUCCACCUCCACCAUCACCUAAAUAUAUCUAUAAUUCUCCACCACCACCACCACCAUAUCAUUAUAUGUCCCCUCCACCUCCUCCAAAAUCUCAUUCUCCACCAUAUUACUACAAAUCUCCACCUCCACCAUCAUCCGUUUAUGUCUAUAAAUCUCCACCUCCACCACCAUAUCAUUACAUAUCUCCACCUCCACCUAAAAAGUCAAAUCCACCUCCUUAUUAUUAUAAGUCACCUCCACCACCACCAAUGCAUUCUCCACCACCUCCACCAACAUAUUACUACAAAUCUCCACCUCCUCCAACCCAUAAACCAUCUCCUCCAUAUGUUUACAAAUCACCACCACCACCUCCUAAGAAAUCUCCUCCACCACAUUAUGUUUACAAGUCACCACCUCCCCCAUACUAUUAGGUUAUUUGUUUCUAAUGUUUACAAGUACUCAAAUCGUUAUACUCUACAAUAUUGUGGAGUGAAGUACUUUUGAUAUCAAUGAGUAUGUUAUGCAAUCUUUUAGGGUCGGGUCCGUCUCCAUUUUAGAGUUUUGUAUUUUUUCUAUUUACUUAUUUGUAAAAUCUUAUGGACGUCUACCAAAAUAUUUCUAUUUGGACAAGGAUUUUUGGAUCAUCCAUAUAUAUAUAUGUGGCAAUUUAAUUAAUGAUUAUAAUGAUAUAUCAGUCAUACA